AUGCGAAACGGCACGUGCGUAGCGGUAGUCGCCGACUCGGCCGACGCGGCAAUGACGGGCGAUCGUAGACCUAACCUAACGGGGUCUUCUUUCCCCGCUGAUUUUUUUAAGCCCGUCCAUGAUCCGGGACCAACUCUCAUCCAAUCCGAACCUCAUCACGGACCUCCGGGCGACCCAACCGUGUCCUACGGCACCCGCGGUGAACGGUCCACGGUCCCCGGUGAACCUACGCCCCGGGAGAAUUUUCACUGUCCCUAUCUCAAACUUCGGCCCGGGCAACACGGACCUCCGGGCGACCCAACCGUGUCCUACGGCACCCGCGGUGAACGGUCCACGGUCCCCGGUGAACCUACGCCCCGGGAGAAUUUUCACUGUCCCUAUCUCAAACUUCGGCCCGGGCAACACGGACCUCCGGGCGACCCAACCGUGUCCUACGGCACCCGCGGUGAACGGUCCACGGUCCCCGGUGAACCUACGCCCCGGGAGAAUUUUCACUGUCCCUAUCUCAAACUUCGGCCCGGGCAACACGGACCUCCGGGCGACCCAACCGUGUCCUACGGCACCCGCGGUGAACGGUCCACGGUCCCCGGUGAACCUACGCCCCGGGAGAAUUUUCACUGUCCCUAUCUCAAACUUCGGCCCGGGCAACACGGACCUCCGGGCGACCCAACCGUGUCCUACGGCACCCGCGGUGAACGGUCCACGGUCCCCGGUGAACCUACGCCCCGGGAGAAUUUUCACUGUCCCUAUCUCAUUCAUUAUUUACCUAAAAGGGGCGAUCGUAGACCUAACCUAACGGGGUCUUCUUUCCCCGCUGAUUUUUUUAAGCCCGUCCAUGAUCCGGGACCAACUCUCAUCCAAUCCGAACCUCAUCACGGACCUCCGGGCGACCCAACCGUGUCCUACGGCACCCGCGGUGAACGGUCCACGGUCCCCGGUGAACCUACGCCCCGGGAGAAUUUUCACUGUCCCUAUCUCAAACUUCGGCCCGGGCAACACGGACCUCCGGGCGACCCAACCGUGUCCUACGGCACCCGCGGUGAACGGUCCACGGUCCCCGGUGAACCUACGCCCCGGGAGAAUUUUCACUGUCCCUAUCUCAAACUUCGGCCCGGGCAACACGGACCUCCGGGCGACCCAACCGUGUCCUACGGCACCCGCGGUGAACGGUCCACGGUCCCCGGUGAACCUACGCCCCGGGAGAAUUUUCACUGUCCCUAUCUCAAACUUCGGCCCGGGCAACACGGACCUCCGGGCGACCCAACCGUGUCCUACGGCACCCGCGGUGAACGGUCCACGGUCCCCGGUGAACCUACGCCCCGGGAGAAUUUUCACUGUCCCUAUCUCAAACUUCGGCCCGGGCAACACGGACCUCCGGGCGACCCAACCGUGUCCUACGGCACCCGCGGUGAACGGUCCACGGUCCCCGGUGAACCUACGCCCCGGGAGAAUUUUCACUGUCCCUAUCUCAUUCAUUAUUUACCUAAAAGG